CUGCGGGGGCUCCUCCUGGCCUGGGGGAUCCCCUGCUCAAGGGAACCUGAUGGGGAGAUCCUUGCUGAGGGGGCUUCUCCUGGCCUGGAGAAUUCCCUGUCCGAGGAGGUCUGGGGGAGAUCCCGGCUGGGGAUCCCCCGUCCAAGGGUGCCUGGGGGGAGGGAGAUCCUGGCUGAGGAGGUCGCAUGCUGGUCUGGGGGCUCCAUGGGGGCCUGGGGAAGAUUCUAUCUGGCGAUCCCCUGGCUGAGGGUAUUGGUGGAGGGGAGAUCUUGGCUGGGAGGCUCCUCCCGGCCUGGGGAUCCCCUAUCCGAGGGUGCUUGGGAGGAAGAUCCCGGCCGUGGGGGUCUUCUGUCCUGGGGAUGCCCUGGCUGAGGGUGAUGGUGGAGGGGAGAUCCUGGCUGGGGAGGCUCUUCCUAGGCUUGGAAUCCCCUGUUUCAGGGUGCUGGAGGGGGGAGAUCUGGCUGGGGAGCUCCUCCUGGCUAGAGGGGGUCACAUCCUGGUCUAGGGAUCCCCUGUCCAAGGGGGCCAGUGAGGGGGAGAUCCUGACUGGGAGGGUCACAUGCGCUCCCCUGCUCAAGGGAACCUGAUGGGGAGAUCCUUGCUGAGGGAGCUUUUCUUGGCCUGGGGAUCCCCUAUCCAAGGGUGCCGGGGGGUGAAGUCCUGGCUAAGAGGGAUCACAUCCUGCUGAAGGUGUGCUGGGGGUGCAUGGGUAGGAGGAGGAGAAUUCCUAGUGUAGGGAGUGCCCUUUGAGUAGGAUCCUGGCUGUGGUGAUGGGACAAGGGGGUCACAUCAUGCUCAGGGUGAGGAACUCCCCAGCUUGAGGCGCUGCCAUAAAGGGGGUCACUGCAAGGUGUUCCCAGCUGCCUGGGGGUGAGACACCCCGAGGUGUGGGGGGUCUAAGCCAGGAGAGGCUGUGAAGAGAGCCUGAGCAUGGGAGGGGGAGAGCAGGGUGCAGGGUGAGACUUGGCCCAUGUGUGGGCUCUGGAAUGAUGCUGCGGCCCUGGUACAAAUGCCUGAUCAGCCUCAUGUGUGGGGCAGGAACCUGGGCCUGCAAUGGGGCUAGCGCCGGAGGCUGCCAGCACUGUGAGCCAGCAUCCGUGGGCGACAUCUCAGGGCAUGUCAGCAUCCGCUUCGUCCUCUGCUGGGAAGAAAUCCCCACAGGACCUCAAUCCCUGCUAUGCUCGCUGCUCCGGACGGGGGUAACCCAGUCUGUGUGAGGGAGCAGUCACGGAGAGCUCUGCCUUCAGUGGGGUCAGAGGCAUCAGCAGUGCGAGUGAAGGCACUUGGAUGGACCUGGCCAGUGCUGCUGCCAGGAAGAGGAGAGGCGUCCUGGGGAUGCCCUGCAUCUGCAUCCAAAACUCAGCAGCCCUGAGCGGUGAAAGCCUGGAGUGUGGUUGUUUCUGUUAGAAACCUUGCAUGCCACGAGGCAGGAACGUGAACUCUACAGAAGAGCUCUGCCCUGAUGCAGUUAACUGGCCAAAAAGCAUUUCCAGUGUAAAACUGCUGCAGAUGCCGUGCACGUAAUGUGUUCUUUGCUCUUGUAUUUCAGCCCUCGGACCCCCCACCCAGCCUCUCCAUGUCUGUAGCCAGCAAGCAAGGAGAAAUCAGAGGGGAAAGCCAAGUGGCCGGCCUUGAAAUGAGAAGCCAGGUGCUGUGCAUCGUUCCUGAGUUCCCGCUGGAGCGGUUCCUGGGCUCACCUGUGUGAUCUUCCCUGGUUCUCACGCAUUUCUCUCAUCAUGACUUCUGAAUUAAACGUUCCGGUGGAUCCUUCCACUCCUGCUUGUUGCUCUGAACCUGGCACAAAAGGCAUGGAUUACCGGGACUGGGUCCGGCGCAGCUAUCUGGAAUUGGUCACCUCAAACCACCACUCCGUUCAGGCCCUUUCAUGGAGGAAACUGUACUUGAGUCGAGCCAAACUGAAAGCUUCCAGCAGAACCUCUGCACUGCUCUCCGGAUUUGCGAUGGUUGCCAUGGUGGAGGUGCAGCUGGAGGUGCAGUACAAGUACCCCCAGAUGCUGCUGAUCGCUUUCAGCGCCUGCACCACGGUGCUGGUGGCGGUUCAUCUCUUCGCCCUUCUCAUCAGCACCUGCAUCCUGCCCAACGUGGAGGCGGUGAGCAACAUCCACAACCUGAACUCCAUCAGCGAAUCCCCGCAUGAGCGCAUGCACCCCUACAUCGAGCUGGCGUGGGGCUUCUCCACGGUCUUGGGGAUCCUCCUGUUCCUUGCAGAAGUCGUGCUCCUGUGCUGGAUAAAAUUUCUGCCUGUGGGCUCCAUCCUGAAGAACGAGACGAGCAACGUGGAGAAUCCCAGCAGCCACGCGGGCUGGCAGUCAGCGCUGGUCUCCACCAUCAUCAUGGUCCCAGUGGGUCUGAUUUUUGUCGUCUUCACCAUUCACUUCUACCGCUCAUUGGUGCGGCACAAAACAGAGCGGCACAACCGAGAGAUCGAGGAGCUUCACAAACUGAAAGUGCAGCUAGACGGGCAUGACAGAGGCAUGCAGGUCGUGUGACAGUGGCAGAGGCUGCUGCCAGCGAAUCCACUCAGCUAAGGCUAAGAUUAAAAUGUUUUGCUUGUUGGUGACGCACCAGCAAUGGAUUGUCUUGAGGCUUCAAUCUGUAAAUGCUAAUCGCCUGCCAGAUGUAGCUGUGGGUUCUAGUGCUGCAUCCAACGCCGGGGUCUCUGGCCCACGUCUGGUCCUACACACACUUGUCUACUUAAGUCAACACUGCCGUGGAAUCCAAGGUCACAACUUUACCAACUUUAACACUGGUUCAGGUAGCCAAAAAUCUGUAUUAUUUCCAAAGGCAAUAUUCUGUGGCCAAAAGUAAAACUGCGUCAGCUGUCCCAAAAGGACAUGUGUGCGUAGGGCCUGUCUCAUGUGUCAGAGCUCCCUGGCUUUCAGCGCAGCAGCAAUUAACUGGCAGCUCAUUUCUCGAGCACAGCUGGUUAAUGAGGGAAUCUGCAGCCAGCUUGAGGACAUCCAGGAACGCACAACAGGAGCCGAGUGCUGAUCGCCUUUGUUCCACAGCAAGUGUUUCAUAAAUACCUAACCAGAAAGAAAUCAGCCUUAGCCUUUAUGUUCUUUUUCUUGAUAUUCUUUAUGAUAUAUUUACAGCUCGGGAGGUGGAAUUUGAAUUGCAGGAAGCUGGGAAGCUCUCUCAUACUCCCUUCGGCAGCAUCUGUCACUUCAGGUGGAAUGGAUGCCAAGAGCAUGUGGCUUCUCCCAGUAAGAGGCAAGUGCCCGGGGAAGGCUCACAGGUAGUUAAGCUUUAACAAGGACAUUCUUAAUUCAGAGCAGUGCCGGGAGUUUUAAUGAGACAGGACUUUGAAGGACUAGCAAAGCACAUUUCAAGGAGGUAAGGAGUGACAGCAGACAGCGUAGUGUAGCAAUUUCUUGCUGUGUCGUCUUCAUUUCUGUGUUGUUGCAAUGUCUUUGCCUGGUUUGCUGGAGAGAACAAGCCCCAGUCUUGUGUAUUUCAUCAAUCGCUGCUUUGGGGUUUCUUUGUCAGCAGGAUUUGUCAGACGUGCGCUUCCCUCUCCCUCCACCGAAGAAGGAAACUCCUUGGGUGGAACCUGGUGCAUACCACGGAGUUGGAUCUGCCCGGAGAGCUGUGUGCUGUUAAAGAGUGAUCGUGUUUCAUUUGAGCUGACGGUGUUUUUCCACAGCAGAGAAUAGGAUGCUCACCUGACUGUGCUGCUUGGUGAAAGAAGCUGUAGCAUCCUUUGGAGUGAAAACUUCUGUAAAAGUGAUUUUACGAUUUAUGGUAACUUUGUGGAGGGAAGAGUUUUGCCAUCAUCAGCUCUUCUAAGGGAAGGGAAGGCUCUCUGCCACACAGGGCUGGAAGAAGCAUAAGGACAUUUCCUUGGCCCUGAUCCUGUGCCAGUUCCCUGCACUGCUCUCAAACAUGGCAGUUUCGGAAUCUCCCAGGCCUUCAGGUUUCUGAAGUCAUUAAGGAUGUUUGUAAUGUUCUCUUCAGCCCUGGUCUCGUAUUCCCCUGGGAGGUGAGAGCUCUCAUGGUACUGUAUUGCAUGUCAGCUUCCCAGAACAGAGAGUACACAGAAUUCCCGGCAGGGCACGGUGGGCCUAUCCCAGUAUUCCUCCCUGGCCAGGCCCUUGCGGACUCAGCUCCGGUCUCUCUUGUUUACAUAUGAGUUUGGGCAUUGCAGAACGCGUUGCUUGGAGCUGUGUCUGUGGUUUCCAUCGGCUGUUUUCGCAGCACUUGGCUUGUGCUUUAUCGGCUGAUGUGCAGCAAAGAAAACCACCUCAGAGCGCUGGGUGACCACGCCAUCCCUGUGCACGUGUGCAAAAACUAAGGAGUGUCCUCCAGGAAGUGAGUGGUCAGGAAUUCAUAUGGACUCUGGGAGUGUGCACUCUUCCCCUCCUCUUUUCUCCGUAAUAAGAAUUCAAAGUUUACGGGACAGUAUCAGAAUGGAGGUUUCUGACGAGUAUUACACACGUAAGCUCUUCUACCAACAGAAUCUGUGAGGCCAGAGCCACACCAGUCAGGAUGGAUCUCAUCUGUGCUUUCUUUGGGUGCUUCUGGAGUGUCAGGAGUACCAGGACUCUGUCUAUGGAGCCUCAGAGGUUCCUGAGAGAAGCACUGAGCCAUUUCUGCAAUUUAAAAAGAAAAAGGUUUCACAGCAUGGAGACGGCACAGUGCGGCUCAUUCGGAACAGCCAAAUCAUCCGUUUAAUUCUUUGCCAAUACAAUAAACUUCAGCAAAUAGAGAACUGCAGCAGAAACUGCUCUGAUUUGUAGAAUAGCUCAGUGUGGGGUGUUGGUGGGGUUGGAUUCACGGUGUCACGGCAGUGUAUCUGUGGCUGGAGGGGGAUUGCCUCACUCCAGCAGGAGCCUGAGGUUUGGUUCAGGAUGGUGCCGAAGGGCAAAGGCACUUAAAUCACAUAAUAAUGCGCUUCCACAACUUGGCUUGCAGCUCGGUUUCUGGUGCACUGAGUUUUCCUUGCCACGAGCAGCCCCUGGGACUAUUCUUGCUCUUUGACUCUGGCGUCUGAGAUCUCUCCAGGCUGCCCAUCACCUCCACGCUGGAACUCCUUCCCCACAACAGCCUGUGCUUUUCUUGUUCCUGCCUCUCUUCCUCUGACUUCUUUACAUUUUCACCGCUGUUGGGUCGCGUUUGUGUUGUGGAACGAUCGCUGUGCUGUGUUCCCCAGUAGUUCACCCACGGAGGCGGAGGGACAUUGUGCUUGGCCAGGUGGGUGUUUCGGUCCUACAGCACCUGAAAAUCCCCCCUGCUUUGCUGCUGCCCCGUGGCUGUCAGCAAGGAUUGCCAUCAGUCAAGCGUGGAGAUGCCUGCCUUUCCACACUGUCCCUGGUGUCCAGCGGGGCUGGCAAUACGUUGUGUCGUGUCUGUGUCUGUCUGCUGGCACCUGGCAGUGUCUGUCCUGUGCUGUCAUCUCACUGCCAUUCCUGGGGUGUCUGUCAUUCCUGGGAUGCUUCUCCCAAGGUCCCUCAAGCUGGGUGUGCAUUGAGGAUCUCCCUGACCUAUGUGUUCUCUUUCUGUACCAGCCUUGGACCCUGAGGGGCUGCAGUUUGGGGAGGCUGUCGCCCCAAUCCUCAGCUUCCUUGGGCUGUGACUCUGGACCACUUAUUGCCUUCUUUGGGCCUUUUCUCCACUCCCUGCAGCAGGGCUCACCUUGGCUUGGGGAUUGCCACCAUCUUGCUCAAGUCCAGAGUCCUUCAGGCUUUUUUUGGACAGUUUUUGCUUGGCAGAAAUAUUCUUUUGGAGGCACCAGUGCUGGAGGGACUCCUGGAGCAGGGCAGGAGCUGCCAAGGCCAGGGGCAUGACCCUGCUUCAUGUUGCUCCCGCAGCCUGCCUUGGGUUCAGAGACAACUCCUUCCUCUCCUUCCCUUGUUAGCAGGAGUCAAGAGCAGGCACGAAUGCACUGGAUUCAGAGGGAGCUGCUGGAGCCGGAGGAGCUGCUGGAGCCGGAUCAGUACUGGGCUCUCCUUUGCUCUGGUCAGUGGCAGCUCUUAUUCCAUGAGCUCCUUAUUUCUACUGUCACCCUAGGCAGGCCUGGCUCUCUUUUGGUGGAUACUCGACUCCAGGGCAGCCUGUAUGAUCACGGGAGAUGGAGGAGAACUUGGAUUUGACUGUCUGGGUCUUGCCCACGUGAUGGAUGAAAGCGAUACCGUGCGAGAGCUCUGCGGUAAGCGCUCAAAUAUGUGGCAGUGUUUGUGGAGAGCCGGUGGGGUGGGCGCAGCCGCAGAGCCAACACCCUUCGGUUCCUCAGUGCCAGGAUUCGGGGUUGGGUGAUCCCAGCUCACCACUGCGAUGGCUGUGCUGGACGCAAGGAUGGAGCUACAGGGUGCCUGGCAGCCGCAGGACUGGUUGCUCGCUUGUCACAUUCUCCUCUGGCUUUUCCUGGGGUUUCACAAUGUCCUUUCUAUAAAACAAAGAAAAGGCCUUUGCAUUUCCAUGCUGCUGGAGCUUCAUUAUCUCUACAUCUCUUGGCCUCUACAUAAAGAGUAACACCACCCCAAGCCACAACCUUAAAUUCUGAUCGUGGCCAGCGCGGAGAUGCCACCUCUCGCAGGCUCUCUCCUCUGUACCCGCUUCAAACAAAGCGGUUUCAGUAACUCCCCACUGGCUGAACUUGGGAAGAAUUCCUGCGGAUACCGGUGUGUGCAGCCGGGAGCACUCCCUCUGCCCAGGGCUGUAAAGAGGGGUGCCCAGUGCUGGGAGAAACAAAUGCUCUGUAUUUUAGCUCUGCCUGCUCUUGGUUUAUCCCUGCAUGGACAUUUGCUGUACAACAACCUCUGUAUCCCAGUUAUUGUCGGGCUGCGUGACUGGAACUGGAUAAACCUGCUAAGCUUUAUGCUUCUUGCUGAUUCCAGACUGAUUUUUUUUAAGGCAGCCUCAGUCCUCCAGCAUCCUCUACGGGUUAGCGCGGGUUCUGCAUGGUUUAAAACCCUGCUCAGACAUCAUCCCCCUCCUUUUGAACUGCACAUGCAGAGAACAAUUGGAUGCAUUUCCUUUUAAUGAGGGCCUGGUUCUUGGCAAGCGUUUUACAGCGCUAAUUGUGGGUAAGGAGAUGAACAGCUGUGAUAGGAAUUCCGGCAACGGGAAGAUCAUUAAAGUUUGUCUUGCAUUAAUAAUACCAGUUCAGUGGCCAGAAUCGCUUUUUAAGGGGCA